ACUUAGAGUCUUAGGUAGUAGCUCACAAUGGCAGGCACUAAGCUAGUAGCACUUGGGUUCAUUGUCCUCAUGAGCAUGGGGAUAGCUAAUGCUGUGAGGGUGGCUAGAUACUCUAGUGCUGAUGGAACGGGUACAGGAGGUGGUUGGGGUGGCGGGUAUGUGAAUGGUGGUGGCUCAGGAUUUGGGAGUGGCACGGGGUCUGGUGAGAGCGUUUCGGGUGGUGCCCAUGCAUCUGCUGGAGGCGGUGGUGGAGGCGGCGGCGCUAGCCAAUACAAUGGGUCUGGGUACGGUGGAGGGUCUGGAUCAGGUUCAGGUUCUAGUCAAAAUAGUCAGGAUGGAGGAUCUAGUUAUGGAGAAUCUUCCAGUGCUGGUGGUACCGGUGGCGGCGGCGGUGGAGGACAAGGUAAUGGUAAUUGGGGAUCUAGUGGUCAUGGCGAAGGUAGUGGCACUGGAUCUGGUUCGAGCUAUGCUAACACGUACUGGUCUGGGCCAAGUUAUGCAAAUGCCAACGCUAAUGGCAAUGGCGCUGGCAAAGGCAAUGGUGAGAAUGGUGGAAGUGGUGGUGGUCAGGGAGCUGGAUCUGGGUUUGGUGAUGCCAACCCCUAGUUUCUGCUGCCUGGUCACAUCAAUUGUGUGGAGCCCAACUUUUGUUGUUUCACGGCACAACUUUUAUCAUCGUAAUUUCAUUACAUUAUAAAUUUAGUAGAUGCAAGUUAAUAAUAAAAGGGCUCCACCGCUCCAGUCAAUAUGUAUAAUGUAGAGUCCUAGUGUAAGGUCGGUGCAACUUCUGAUGAGGAGACGCACGUGUUGUAACCAUGCGGAUAUUUCAGAGGAAUAAUAUUCUCCUGUCAUUUUCUCAACGUUCUCUGUAAUCUUGUAUGCUUAUCAAUGCAAUGGUGGUCCUUUAUUGUUUACUCA